UUCUUGGAUCUUGCCGCCAAAAUGAACUUGGUUUUGAAAAGAAAAAACAAAAGAGAUAUAGAAUGUAUAAGGAUUGUACUAAAGAGGAUAAAAAAGUGCUUCCUUGUAGACGACCGAUAGCUGCUCUGAUGGAUUGUACUGAUAAAACACGUGAUCAUGAAUUCUCUAAUCGAAAUAGCAUUGAUAUUAAAACAAAGAAAUAG